AUGUCGGUUCCCGAUUCUGGUCCCCGGCCCCCAGCAGCGCCUGCCCCCUUCCCACCGGGGCCCCCCAUGAUGCCACCACCCUUCAUGCCCCCUCCAGGAAUCCCUCCGCCCUUCCCUCCGAUGGGGCUACCACCCAUGAGUCAGAGACCACCAGCCAUCCCCCCCAUGCCACCUGGCAUCAUGCCCCCGAUGCUACCCCCAAUGGGGUCACCACCACCACUCACACAGAUACCAGGAAUGGUACCUCCCAUGAUGCCAGGAAUGCUGAUGCCUGCAGUGCCUGUCACCGCAGCGACGGCUCCAGGUGUGGACACCGCCAGCUCUGCUGUGGCUGGGACAGGCCCUCUGAGGGCCCUAUGGAGUGAGCAUGUAGCCCCUGAUGGGCGCAUCUACUACUACAAUGCUGACGACAAGCAGUCCGUGUGGGAGAAGCCCAGCGUGCUCAAGUCCAAGGCGGAGCUGCUGCUGUCCCAGAGUCCCUGGAAAGAGUACAAGUCGGACACGGGCAAACCUUACUACUAUAACAACCAGAGUAAGGAGUCCCGCUGGACCCGGCCGAAGGACCUGGAUGACCUCGAGGCUCUAGUCAAACAAGAGGCUGUAGGGAAACAGCAGCAGCAGCCCCAGACACUGCAGCCGCAGCCUCCUCAGCCACAGCCUGACCCCCCACCUGCGCCUUCUGGCCCCACCCCGCUGCCUGUGGGCCUUCUAGAACCCGAGCCAGGUGGGAGUGAAGACUGCGAUGCGUCACAUGCUGGCCAGCCCCUGGAGCAGGGCUUCCUGCAGCAGCCAGAGGGCCCCAGCAGUUCUGCUGGACAGCAUCAGCCCCAACAAGAGGAAGAGGAGUCAAAGCCAGAACCGGAGCGGUCUGGCCUCAGCUGGAGUAACCGUGAGAAGGCCAAGCAGGCCUUUAAGGACUUGCUGAGGGACAAGGCUGUCCCCUCCAAUGCCUCAUGGGAACAGGCCAUGAAGAUGGUAGUCACCGACCCCCGUUACAGUGCCUUGCCCAAACUGAGUGAGAAAAAGCAGGCAUUUAAUGCCUACAAGGCGCAGCGGGAGAAGGAGGAGAAGGAAGAGGCGCGGCUGAGGGCCAAGGAGGCCAAGCAGACUUUGCAGCACUUCCUGGAGCAGCACGAGCGCAUGACCUCCACCACCCGCUACCGGCGGGCAGAACAGACCUUUGGGGAGCUGGAGGUCUGGGCUGUGGUCCCUGAGAGGGAUCGAAAAGAGGUUUAUGAUGAUGUCCUCUUCUUCCUGGCCAAGAAGGAGAAGGAACAGGCCAAGCAGCUACGGCGCCGCAAUAUCCAGGCCCUCAAGAGCAUCCUGGAUGGGAUGAGUAGCGUCAACUUCCAAACCACAUGGUCCCAGGCCCAGCAGUACCUCAUGGAUAACCCCAGCUUUGCUCAGGACCAUCAGCUUCAGAACAUGGACAAGGAAGAUGCGCUGAUCUGCUUUGAGGAGCACAUCCGAGCUUUGGAGAGGGAGGAGGAGGAGGAGCGGGAGCGGGCCCGGCUUAGGGAGCGGCGCCAGCAACGCAAGAACCGGGAGGCCUUCCAGACCUUCCUGGAUGAGCUGCAUGAGACAGGGCAGCUGCACUCUAUGUCCACCUGGAUGGAGCUGUACCCAGCGGUCAGCACUGACGUCCGCUUUGCCAACAUGCUGGGCCAGCCGGGCUCCACCCCUCUGGACUUGUUCAAGUUCUAUGUGGAGGACUUAAAGGCACGGUUCCAUGAUGAGAAGAAGAUCAUUAAGGACAUCCUUAAGGACCGGGGCUUCUGUGUGGAGGUGAACACAGCCUUUGAGGACUUCGCCCACGUCAUAAGCUUUGACAAGAGGGCUGCUGCGCUGGACGCAGGCAACAUCAAGCUGACCUUCAAUAGUCUGCUGGAGAAAGCAGAGGCGCGGGAGAGGGAGCGGGAGAAGGAGGCGGCGCGAAGGCUGCGGCGCAGGGAAGCGGCCUUCCGAAGCAUGCUGAGGCAGGCCGCGCCUGCCCUGGAGCUGGGCACUGCCUGGGAAGAGGUCCGUGAGCGCUUUGUGUGCGACUCAGCCUUUGAGCAGAUAACCCUGGAGUCGGAGCGGAUCCGGCUCUUCCGGGAGUUCCUGCAGGUACUGGAGACUGAAUGCCAGCACCUCCACAUGAAAGGCCGGAAGCAUGGCAGAAAGGGCAGGAAGCACCAUCGCAAACGUUCCCAUUCGCCCUCAGGCUCCGAGUCGGAAGAGGAGGAGCUGCCCCCACCGUCUCUCCGGCCCCCCAGGAGGCGGCAGAACCCCUCCGAAUCUGGCUCCGAGCCCUCUUCCUCACUUGAUUCAUUUGAAAGUGGGGGUGCUACCCUGGGAGGACGGGGCUCCCCAUCCUCCCGUCUUCUCCUGGGAUCAGAUCAUGGCCUCCGGAGAGCCAAGAAACCAAAAAAGAAAGCUAAAAAGAGAAGACACAAGUCGAACAGUCCCGAGAGUGUGACAGACCCGGAGGAGAAAGCUGGCAAGGAGAGUGAUGAGAAAGAACCAGAACAGGACAAGGACAGGGAGCUCCGGCUGGCAGAGCUCCCUAAUCGCUCCCCAGGUUUUGGAGUCAAGAAGGAGAAGACGGGCUGGGACACGUCGGAAAGCGAGCUGAGUGAGGGUGAGCUGGAAAGGCGGCGGCGGACCCUCCUCCAGCAGCUGGAUGACCACCAGUGA